AUGAUAGCACGACAUAAGGAGUUGAGGGAGAAGAUCAGGCAGUUGGCCCUGCUGUAUGACAUUGCAUCAGCCGAAUGCAUCUACGAGGACCAAGAUCAAGACCCGACAGGAUCGCUGCGAGUUGGGGACAUACAAUUGGCAACAGGGAAAUUGGAAGAUGAUCCUGCCCAAGUACAGGACGACCUUCUCGAAUGGAUUUCGGUCAUUUCGGCAACCUCCCCGGUGAAUGUCCAAGGAAGUGGAUACCCUCAUCCAGACAAAAUUAAGCGUAUGGAAGAUGCUAAGUUUAUUCGGGAAGCUCAGUACACCGAAUGGCUCUCUAACAUCGUACCAGUAAUGAAGAAAAACGGAAAGCUAAGGGUAUGCGUAGAUUUUCGAAACCUCAACUUGGCCACACCUAAAGACGAAUACCCGAUGCCGGUGGCCGAUAUGCUAAUAGACAGGGUAGCAGGGCACACGAUACUCAGUUUUCUCGACGCACAUUCUGGGUACAACCAAGUACCAAUCAACAAAGAGGACAUCUCUAAAACAGCUUUUCGAUGCCCCGAGCCGAUUGGAGCGUACGAGUGGGUCGUUAUGCCUUUUGGCUUGAAGAACGCAGGGGCAGCAUAUCAGAGAGCGAUGAACAAAAUGUUCAGAGGCCUCGAUUGCCUUGAAGUUUACAUCGACGACGUGGUGGUCAAAUCAAAUACCAGCGAAGUCCAUCCGGCCGAUCUUCGGAAAGGUUUCGAACGAAAAGAGACCGAUGAGUGGAUAUGGACGGACGAGCAACAGAGGGUGUUUGAUGAUUUAAAAGAUUACUUGGAAAAACCUCCGGUUAUGACUCCCCCAAAGCCGAAUAAACCAUUGUUGCUGUACUUAUCGGCUGCACACGAAUCCCUGGGAUGCUUGCUCGCCCAAGAAGAUAACAGGGUCGAAAGAGCGCUUCGGUAUUACAUGUUGCCGGUAGUGGUGUACGUACUAUCCCAGACCGAUAUCAUUAAGUAUAUUCUAUCGAAACCAUACUUGAGAAAUCAGAUUGGGAAGUGGGCGAUUGCCAUGUCCGAGUUUACAUUAGUAUAUGUUCCCCAAAGGGCAGUCAAAGGACAAGUGUUGGCCGAUUUCUUAGCCGAUCAUCCUGGCAUCACCCUUAUCGAGGAGACAAUUAGUUGCUGCGAGAUAGCCAUAUGGGAGAUGUGGUUUGAUGGAUCCAGGACUAGCCAGGGGACAGGCGCCGGAGUACAUAUCGUUUCGCCCUUGGGGGCAUCGUACCAAUUGUCAUUUAGGCUCUAUUUUGAGUGUACCAACAAUCAGGCGGAAUAUGAGGCCCUGAUAUUCGGCCUCGAGAUUCUAUCCGAGCUGGGGGCAAAGGCGAUCAGUAUGAAAGGAGACUCUUUGUUGGUUGUUAAACAGGUGACAGGAGAAUUCAAAUGCGAGUCCGAGCUACUGGUAAGAUAUUGUAAUAAGGCGAAGCAUUUGAUCGAAGGGUUUCAGGACACGAGGAUAGAAUACACCGAGAGGUCAGACAAUGGUAUCGCGAAUGAUCUAGCUCAACACGGUAGCGGUUACAAGGCAAGCCUCCAGUUUGAUAUAAUCGAAAGAGAAUCGCCAAAUCUCCAUACUGGGGGAAAUACUCUUGAUGAAAAGAAAUAUUCGGCUUACCAACUCGACAUCACCCAAGAUUGGAGGAAUGAGAUCUUGAAAUGGUUUGAAAAACCAGAUCUGACGAAUAGGAGGUUGAGGACCUUGGCCCUGAAUUACAUGGUUUUAGCAGGUGACUUGUACAAAAAGUGCUUUGAAGGAUUAUUUUUCAGAUGCAUCGGCCCCAAAGAAGCAAUGCUUGCAAUGGCCGAAGUUCAUGAAGGAAUAGCCGGCGCUCACCAGGCGGGCCCCAGAAUGAGGUAUGCGAAAGGGUGCGAGGCCUGCCAGAAAUAUGGUCCUAUACAGCAUGUCCCGGCCGAAGAAUUACACUUUAUUAUCAAACCAUGGCCGUUUAGAGGAUGGGCAGUCGGCCUCAUUGGGAAGAUAUAUCCUGGCUCAUCAGAUGGCCAUACUUUUGUUAUUAUCGCCACUUGUUAUUUCACCAAAUGGGUCGAAGCCAAGCCCCUGAAAUCGCCUACGCAGGAAGCAGUGAUCAAAUUCUUCAAAGAGCACAUCGUUCACCGGCACGGGUUACCUGAAUCAAUAACCACAGACCAAGGGACAAUGUUCACAGGAGGCGAUAUAGUUUGGUGCGCGUCUCAGAUGAAGAUCAAGAUGCUUCACUCAACGUCGUACUAUGCACAAGCCAACAGACAGGCCGAAGCGACGAAUAAGGCUAUUAAGCUUAUCGUCCAAAAAGUGAUCGAGGAGAACCCAAGACAAUGGCACGUCCUGCUAUCGGAAGCAGUAUGGGCAAAUAGAACCAGCAAGAAAUCGACCACAGGAACUUCGCCGUUCCGGAUGGUCUAUGGUUACGACGCGAUGUUGCCAAUGGAGCUUACUGUAACGUCUACUCGCCGUUUAUAUCAAAAUAGGUUGUCUAAAGACGAUUACUUUGAUAAGAUGGUAAUAGACGCUUUAGAUCUCGACGAAGAGAGAUUGGCGGCGUUAGAUCACUUUGAAGCUCAGAAAAGAAGAGUUGAGAGGGCAUAUAACAAACGGGUGAAACGGAAAACAUUUGUGGUGGGCGAUCUGGUAUGGAAGGCAGUCUUGCCUAUUGGCCACAAGGACAAUCGGCUCGGAAAAUGGAGCCCGAAUUGGGAAGGCCCCUUUAUCGUGACUAGUAAGUUGACAGGCGGUGCGUAUUUACUGGCGAACAUUGACGGAGAAGAACACGAUAGGACGAUCAACGGUCAGUUUCUAAAGAAAUACGUCCCCAGUUGUUGGUAUAAUAUCGACAUACGACUAUUUGGGGCCGACGAGGAGUGA